AUAGUCCUCCACUCAGUUAUCCCGUGAUAAUACACGAGAGAUCGACCAUACUCGAUCUCGGCCGUUAAAAUUUAUUUCUAUAUCUGUCAAGGAUCAAUCGUGCUGCGUACUAUUAUUAUUUAAUAAUUUCACCGACGUUCAACGAACGAGGGGAUAGACGAGACUCGCGACACGUAGAAAAGGACGGAAAGAGCGGGAGAAUCAUUGAGCGUCUUUUCGAGGGGCAUUAAAACCACCCUCAUCGUGUCCAUGUGGAUCAUUAAAUCAACAACUAUUUAAGCGUUUCGAGUCAAGCUGUAAACAGCCGGAGCCUGAUCGUCAUCGAGGGAUGAAACAGACGGAUGGCUGCGGAUUGUGCGGAAUUUAUCCAAAAUGGUUGAGUUCAAGAGCCACCACGAAAAUGUUUCUAUUAGUUUACGGCAUUCUAGGCAUGGUGCAGGCAAUGGCGUUUAUCUACAUCGUCGUAACUCUCACGACGUUGGAAAAAAGAUUCAAAAUACCCAGUCAGACAACAGGAAUCAUCUUAUCGGGCAAUGAAAUCUCGCAGAUUCUGUCUUUGAUUUUGAUUUACUACGGAGGUUCGGGUCAUCGGCCAAGAUGGUUGGCGACAGGUGUUGGACUGAGUGCCGUUUCAUGUUUCGUUUUGGCACUACCACACGCAAUAUACGGUCCGGGAAAGGAUGCACUGGCGCUCACGCAAGAAUACCUCGAUCGUUCUAUACUGAACGAUACCGAAAGUAAGGUUAACACUGAUCUGUCUCUUUGUCCUGGAGAGGAAAAAACGGAACACUGCAACGCUGAGGAUGUCACGGACGCGAGUGCCCUCCCACGGUUUCUCAUAUUUUUCUCUCAGUUCAUUCUCGGCAUUGGUACAACGUUGUACUUUGGCCUUGGUCAAGUUUAUCUGGACGACAACACCGAGAAAAAAGACACGCCGCUUUUACUCGGAUGCACUUUUUCUCUUCGGACGGUUGGACCAGCGAUUGGUUUUGUUCUCGGAUAUGCCUGUCUUAGUUUAUACAUCGAUCCAAUCCUUCACCCUGUUAUCAAUCAGAAUGAUCCACGAUGGUUGGGCGCCUGGUGGCUCGGAUGGAUUAUUCUCGGCAGUCUUUUGGCAGUAUUGACUUGCUUGAUAGCCAUGUUUCCACGAGAACUGCCUCAGCCUAAGCCAAAAGAAAACAAGCAGCAGGAUCCAGGUGAGGCACCUCUGAAGUAUGACCUCAAUUUUUAUUCCUCAAACCCGAAGGACACUUCGCCAGAAGUGUCGAGAUUGACGCCAAUCGAAGAGGAAUACAAACCAACACUUCGAGACUUUCCAGUCACCCUUAAAAGAGUCAUGCUGAAUAAAAUCAUUUUGUGCAACAGUCUCGCGGCUACGUGUGGUAUUCUGGGUGUGAUUCCAUACAUCACGUAUUUAGCGAAAUAUCUGGAAGUUCAAUUUUCUACUCCUGCAGCCGGUGGCACCGUCGUCACAGGCACGAUAUCCCUGAUCGGAAUGGUCAUGGGUUUCUUGAUAUCAGGCUUCGUGAUAAGCAAAUUUAAACCUGCAGCAGCGAAGCUCCUGUCGUGGAAUGUCUUCGUCGGCGUCAUUUAUUUCGGGAUCAUAAUGUCAUUUAUCUUCGUGGAAUGCGAUGGACCUCGCGUCAAAGGGCUGGACUUACAGUUCGACAGAACGAACUUCACGGAGCAAUGCAACAUCGAUUGCAACUGCGAGGGUGUAAAAUACGCCCCGGUCUGUCACGUUUCGUCAAUGACGACGUACUACUCGGCUUGCCACGCAGGAUGUACGAUUAUAAUCGACGGCCAAGAUUACGGGAAUUGCAGUUGUGUAUCACAAACGGGUUCGGCGUCGAACGAGGGCAUCGCAAUUUCGGACUUUUCUAUAGCGAUUAAUGAUACAAUGGACGAGUUGAAUUUCGUAAAAGCUGGCCCUUGUCCAGUCGAUUGUACCAAAGCCUACGUUGUGUUUUCUGUUCUGAGCACCGUCACUCACAUUCUCAUUUCAUCUGGCAAAAUUGGCAACAUACUCGUCAACUAUCGGUGCGUUGAGAAAAGAGACAAGAGCUUCGCUCAGGGUGUGACCCUGACGUUCGUAUCCUUAUUCGGUCUCAUACCAGGACCCAUCAUUUUCGGCGCCCUCAUAGACUCGACCUGCCUCAUUUGGGACCAUUCUUGUGGUGCACAAGGAAACUGUUGGUACUAUGACAAGGAGGACUUUCGGUACAUCAUCAAUUCUGUUUCUGCAACGUUCAUUCUGUGCUCCGCUAUUCUCGAUGGUCUUCUCUGUUAUCUGGCUCGAAACCUCGACCUCUAUGGUCUUAAGGACGACAAGCGUCUCGGAUUCGUCAAGGAUAUCAUCGCAUCUCCAUCGGCAAAUUCCCCGACCGAGGUCAACGGAAUGGCACCCUCGCUCGCCGAGACACCCGACGAUAUCGAUGGGAGUUCCAAAUUUUGAGGACUUUCCCUCGUCUCCUUCGGCGCGGUUGAUCAUGCCGGAGUUUCGGGUGAUAAAAAGGAAAACGUGAGGGCUUCGCGUUCCGCAAUUCUUUCGAAAAAGCAAAAAGAUCUUAUCGUCAUAAUCUGCGUUCCAGAAAAGAGUUGAGCUUGUGCCAGACCAAAUUCGAUGAUAGAUCAAAACGGACGUUGAUUUUGUAAAUAAAUUAAAAAGUUUCUAGGAGAAACCGCGCACUUGUUUCAUAUUUUUCUAUGCAAUGUACGGAAUUUCAAAGAUUGUGUUACCCUCAAAAAUGCAGUCUAUUCGUAAAAUUAUUUUGUUUAUGUUUUCAUACGAUAGAAAGUCGGUAGAAUUUUCCUCGUUAUCUAUAACUCAUGUGUGAUUAAAAAAGAAUCUUUUGAUCAUUUUUUUCCAAUUUUAUGCUUCGUACUCAAAGUAUGAACCUGACAUAAUUGACGUACAGUUUGACAUACUUGUAUUUGAACCAAUGAAGGAUCCAGUGUCAGUUUUAAGUCAUUUUCAUUAAAUAUACAAUCGCUCGAGAAAGAAAAAAAUUUAUCUGUGGAAGAGUAAAGAGAUUUGUGAUGCGGCAGCACGAGAUUAAAGUCCGAGUCACCAAAGAUUCUUUGGAGGAAUCAAGGACGAUACAAGAACGAGCUUCAAAAAAGAAGCGCAAGAUUAAGUCUCCACCGAGACUCGCGACGAGUUCCUCCAAUGGGUACACUAAAAUAAUGAUAAUUAUAACAAUAAUAAUAACAACAAAAUGCGACAGUAUCCUUCGGGAGUGAGGGAGAGAGCCGAAAAAAGGGUAUACGACAUUGGGGCUCGAGAGUUUUUGUUUGAGAGCCUUUUAAUUUUUAAGCCUCCUAGAUCUCCCGACUAAUGAAUUCGGCUUUCCGCGAGCGAAGCUCGCUUUUCUACUCGAACCUCUCUCGCCCACACUGGCGUCGGGCAAAUUGACCCCCCCCCCCCCCCCCUCCUCUCUCCACCCCUCACUCCCUCCUUCGUCCUCUUUUCGCGUCGUCUCUUUGGCAUUGCGCUUUUUCAUAUCGAUCGGGUUUCCGUUAUCCUCUCGAAGAGCCGGAGUAUCAAAACCAUGUGAAAUUAACGAAGAUUACGAAAGUGAAUGAUAAAUAAUUUUGAAAAUUUUUUUUACUAUUCUAUUCUCAUUAUUUUUCCGUAAAGUCAUAAUUUUUAGCUACUCGUUCACUCUGCCGUAUAAUAUCCAUGAAAAUAGGCAAAUAAGAAAAAACUGUUACAUUAUAAGACACGCUCUCUUCAUAAUAAAAUUGAUUUUACCACUGUG